AUGCUAAUGCUAGAUGCCGCUGUUGGUGCAGCCGUUGGCGCAGCCCCCUCCGGUCGGUUUCCCAUCCGGCGUCUCUUCGGGAUGGGUAGUGGGCCUGCCGCGACACAACUGUGUUGCUCAUUUGAUGAUCCGGCAAUACUUGUCGAGCCAAAUCCUCAUCCUGCCCCACCCUUCUUCCUCCUUAAGCCUCCACCCUCAUCCGUAUCGCAAAUUUACAUAGAAUGCUUGUGUCGUGUUAUUCGCAUUAUCAUCUGUAACUGCUCAUUACUGGCUAAUUAG